AUGUCAGACAAUAUACUUACCAUCGAUGGGCUCGACCCGCCACUCCAUUUCUACGAGAGCUUCCGGAGGUACUGGACCAAACGAUGUGCCUUGAGGAAGAUCCUGGUUGGCUAUUGCUCCAGGAAGAACACCAAACAGCUCAGCCUCUGCCGCCAAACUGUCGGCUCAUUGGAGGAGAAGAUCAAGGCAUCACUGCCCCGAAAGGUCUACGCCUCAAGUAAGGAGCAGUCUGGUAAUUUGGUGGAGUUCAAUGGGCAUGGUGGGGGAUCCUUGAAGUCGGACGAUUUGUUGGGCAGGAACUCUUAA